GGAAGACUGCAGAGGAUGUGCAUGCUCUUCUAACUGGGUCAGAACCUGUACCCUCACCUACAGAGUCCCUCAUUCGUGCUGUGAGUGAUCUACUGGACAAAGCAGCUAAACCUGCAACAGAAGCUGGAGGUUUUCGCCGCCUGCGCACUUUCUCUGGCAUACUACCUACUCCUGCAGGUGAGGAACAAUUUGAUCAUUGGUUGGAGCAAGCUUACAUGAUGGUGGAAGUGAGUGAAUGUUCGCCCAAAGAAAAACGAAGGAGAAUAAUGGAGAGCCUAAAAGGUCCUGCAUUAGAAGUCAUCAAGGCAGUUCGCCUUUCGGAUCCAGAUGUCAGUCCGGAAGAGUGUCUAGAAGCUCUUGACAGUGCAUUUGGGAUGGCAGAGUCAGGAGAUGAUUUAUACUUUGCUUUCAGACUGAUGCAGCAACAGUCUGGGGAAAAGCUGUCAGAUUUCCUACGAAGACUAGAGCGCAGUUUGUCGAAAGUAGUUCAAAAAGAUGGCCUUCCUGCCUCAAGCAUGAACAAAGCUCGGAUUGAACAGUUGCUUAAGGGCGCAGUGGGUUCAGACUUAAUGCUAAUUCAGCUCAGGUUGAGGGAGAGAAAAGGGAACCCUCCGACCUUUCUUGAACUAUUGCGUGAAAUUCGUGCUGAAGAGGAGUAUGAAGCAUCUAGAGCUAAAUUGUCUCCAUCAGUACGUGCAGUCCACCCAAAACCUCAGUUGGACCACAAUCAGAGUGAAAUUCAGAGUCUAAGAGCCGAGAUAAAAGAGGUGAAGUCAAUGUUCGCUGCGUUGUCUUCAAAAUCCCUUCAAGAUACGGCAGACAAGCAAGACAAAUGUUCAACUGACAGAGAGAGACUUAAAGAACCAAGUCUGGAUGCUGAUGUUGUCGCUUUAAAGAAACAAGUUAAACAGCUGCAGCAAAAAGUCAAGUCGAGAGUGUCACAUCAGGCUGAAACAACACCAGCUGUCAUGGCAGUGCACACUCCAAAUAGACAUCCUGACAUGGAUGAACGUUUUUGCUAUCGCUGUGGUGAAAUAUGUAGGACACAUAGUGUCUGCAGAAGGUGUCUCAGCUGAUCCAGCAAAAAUUGAAGCUGUCACUACCUGGCCGAUGCCUACUAAUCUGAAGACCCUGCGGUCAUUUUUAGGAUUUUGUGGGUACUACCGGAGG